AUGGUGUACACAGGAUUUGGUCUGGAGCAAAUAAGUCCCCCUCAAAAGAAACCUUACAAUGAGCUAACUCCAGAAGAGCAGGGUGAACGAGGUGCAGAAAUGAUCAUGAACUUCAUGACCUCAUGUCCUGGAAAAUCAGUAGUGAGUGGUGUAACAGGGUUUGCACUGGGGGGUGUUUUAGGUCUGUUUAUGGCAUCAAUGGCGUAUGAUACGCCACUUCAUACACCUACUCCCGCUAAUACAGCAACAGCAGGAAAUGUUGCUGUAGGCGGGAUAUCAAGAACGGUUCAACAAAUAUCUGAUUUACCGUUCCGGCAGCAAAUGAAACUUCAGUUUACUGAUAUGGGUAAAAAGUCGUAUUCUAGUGCCAAGAAUUUUGGCUACAUUGGUAUGAUAUAUGCCGGAGUGGAGUGUGUUAUAGAGUCACUUAGGGCUAAAAAUGAUAUUUAUAACGGAGUAACGGCAGGGUUUUUUACUGGCGCUGGAUUGGCGUAUAAGGCAGGACCACAAGCUGCUUUAAUGGGAGGUGCCGGGUUUGCUGCCUUUUCAGCCGCAAUUGAUUUGUAUAUGAAAAGCGAAGAUGGUAGACCGCCUCGUAAUGAUUUUAAAGAAUGA